AUGAGCAAAGGCCGCGAGGGCCCCGCGGCGGGUGGAGCCGCCGCCGCCGUCCUGCUGCGGUACCUGCGGGAGCAGAACCGGCCGUACAGCGCCCAGGACGCCUUCGGGAACCUGCAGCGGGAGCACGGGCUGGGCAAGGCGGCCGUGGUAAAGGCGCUGGAGCAGCUGGCGCAGCAGGGCCGCGUCCGCGAGAAGGCCUACGGGAAGCAGAAGAUCUACUUCGCCGACCAGGAGCAGCUCCCGGCCGCCAGCGACGCGGAGCUCCGCGGCCUGGAUGGGGAGAUCGCUGUGCUCUCCAGCAAGGUGCAGGCGCUGCAGCAGAGCUGCCGGCAAAUGGAGGCGGAGCUGAAGGACCUCAACAGCUCCAUGACAACCUCUGAGAUGGUCAGAGAGAUCGAGGAGUUGAGGAAGGACUGUGCAAGUUACACAGAAAAACUGGAGAUGAUUAAGUCUGCCACCAACCAUGUGACUCCGGAAGAAAAAGAGAAGGUCUGUAGCGAGCAGAAGCUGUACUGCAAGGAGUGGAGGAGGAGGAAGCGAAUGGCGACCGAGCUGCUGGAGGCCAUCCUGGAGGGGUACCCCAAAAGCAAGAAGCAAUUCUUUGAGGAGGUUGGGAUAGAGACGGACGAGGACCACAACGUCACGCUGCCAGCAGCUGUGUGAGGCGCUGAGGGAGUCUUUGCCCCAGGGAGGAAAAGGAGCUGCUGCUGAAACUCAGCUGUUGGGGUGGUUUGUUUACCCCCCUGCCUUUUUGUAGGGCUUGGGCUGGUCCUGCAUAUUUAUAUGUGUUUGUUUUAAAAUGCUUUGCAGCUGAAGGGUGGUUGGAGCAAGUGACUGUCUUACUUGCAGAGGGAAUGUUAUUUCUUCCUGACCUUCAGUGCAGUGAGCUGUCAAGGUCAGGUGUCCUCAUGGGGCCGUGCAGGGGAAGGUGUAAGCACACAUCUGUAGAGUCCCUGGUGUUUCAGUAAGAAAAGGAAGUGAGUGCCGCAGUGACUGUUAUGGCUGCAGCGCUCUACCUGUGUUAUUUCAGCUGCUUCCCACAGUGUAGCUAAGUAGUACACGAGAAUACGAUCCAUUAAACAGG